AUGGAAUCCUUGUCUUACCAUGGCUUCACCGUGGCAAACAUUUUGGCAGACGGCAAGUUUCAGUCCCUGGAACGAGAUCUAGAUGUCGUGGAACUUUUUGCUGGUGUAGCAUCAAUUCACGGAGCUGCUCAAGGUGCUGGAGUAGCUUCGGCAGCUUAUGAUAUUAUCCGAGAUCCAGGACGAAGUGAUUCACAGGGUGAAGACAGCGAAGACUUCUCCUGCAAACAAGGUUUUAUCAAUGCUAUUAAGCUGGUGAUGAGACUGCGACCAAAAGGUCUCUGUUUUCUUGCUCCACGCUGUGGGCCAUGGAUGUGGUUGAACGUGGUCAAGACAAGAAGAUGUUUACAGAACCAAUACUGGGGAGACAGGGUGUACAACCAAGAAGCAAAUGAGUCAGCCAUUGGGUGCAUCAUCCUCAUGGAAUUGGCAGAGGCACGGGAAGUUGAGCCGGUUAUGGAAAAUCCGGUUAAGUCCUACAUCUUCCAUUGGCCCCCUUUCAAGAUAGCAAUGACGAAGAUGAAGAUGGUUUGUGCUGUGACCCACAGAUGCAGCUGGGACAAAAAAAAGAAACCUCGGAUUUGGAAGAAAUAUCGAUUCAUUGCUAAAGGUACCUGGAUCAAGGCAGUGGUGAAACCUUGUCGUUGUGGUAAGGUUGGGCACCUGAGAACCAGUGGUGUCCAAGUGAAGGACGGGAAGAAGAAAGUGACUGGCAUUCCUUCCAGAUUGAAGGAGUCUGCAGCGUACCCUUCUUCCCUUGGAGCUGCAAUUUUUCAUGCAUGGCAGAAAAGAGGAGAGGCCAAGGAUGAGAAAAAUGCGGCAGCUUCAAAGAGGACAAAGCGGGUCACAAAUUCAAAGAAGGCUACAAGGGCUGCAAAGCCAAAGAAGGCUACAAGGGCUCCAAAGCCAAAGAAGGCUGCAAGGGCUGCAAAGCCAAAGAAGGCGGCAAGGGCUGCAAAGCCAAAGAAGGCUGCAAGGGCUGCAAAGCCAAAGAAGGAGAAGAAAGCCAACACAAGGAAGGCCACAGUUCACAAUGAGCCCAGUGCCAAGAAAAGCAAAGUCACAAAAGAGCUCAAGCCUUCGACCCAACCCGUCGCCACUGCACCAGCACCAUCUUGGUUGGAUCCAGGCAUUGGUGAUGAUGUGAAACGUUCACAGCCAAUCGCAGCAGCAUCUUCAUGGUUGACACCCAGUGUGGGCAUACUGAAAGCUCUGCUGCAGUCAGAUCUGACAGGCCUAAUGCAAACAGAACCACGACAAGCUCCUGGUUGA